CGUUGGUGGCAGCUCAGAUGCCAUUCGUUUUGGUGUUACAAAGGACUUCAUUUUAACAGUGCAGUAGCACAAUGCUGUUGGUGUCCAACAGCACUUUCCUGAAUUUGCUGGAAGCAAUUUGACCCCACUAUCAACCCAGAGAGCCCCAUGCCUAUCCCUUUCCUCCCCUCUCCUCUCCUCUCCUCUCCUACCUGUCCCCCUCUCUCCUCCUUUCCCCCUGUUGCCGCCUCUCGUCCCUUCCCACUGAGCACAGACGUCAAUUCAACAUCUAUUUCACGUUGGUUAAAAGUAAUUUCAUGGAAAUGACGUGGGAACAACGUUGAUUCAACCAGUUUGUGCCCAGUGGGUCUUCUCUGUUUACUCUGUCCCAGGUCUCUUAAUGCGAAAGUGAAACGACCGGUCAAACCGCGAGAGAGAGAAAGAGAGAGGGCUCGGCUCUGGUGCCAUGUGGAAACGUCCGCCUGCACGCAUCUGCCCGUGAGCACCCGACGGGGCAAAGAAAGGGAAUUGGAGAAAACGGUAAAAGGAGAUAUAACGUUCAACUAAUCACGGAGAGAACGUCUGGUGAGAAGCGGAGAGCAGAGGGCAUCGGCUAGCGAAGAAUGGCAGCACCUAACCUACUGGAUCCAAAAUCCGCCACUCACAACAGCAAGCCCUGCCUUUCCUUCUCCGCCAAGUCAAUCACGCUGAGCCCUAGAGAGGAGUGUCAGGCCAUCGCCACGGUGAUGAAGUGGAAGACGGUGUUGGCCAUUUUCCUCCUGGUGGUUCUCUACCUGGUGGUGGGAGCUGCCGUGUUCAGGGCCCUGGAACAACCCCACGAGAGUGCUCAGCGCCUGGCCAUCCUGAAUCAGAAACUAGAGUUCCUCUCCACACACACCUGUGUCAACCACAGCCAUCUGGAGGAAUUGGUCAAGCAAGUGGUGUCAGCGAUCCGUUCAGGGGUGAACCCAGCAGGGACUCUGACCAAUCACAGCAGUCUCUGGGACCUAAGCUCCUCCUUCUUCUUCGCGGGGACCGUCAUCACUACUAUCGGUUUUGGGAACAUCUCCCCCCAUACGGAGGGAGGGCGUAUCUUCUGUAUAAUUUAUGCCCUGCUGGGGAUCCCUCUGUUUGGCUUCCUACUGGCUGGAGUAGGAGACCAAUUGGGAACCAUCUUUGGGAAGGCCACCGCCAGGGUCGAGAAGAUGUUCGUGCAGUGGGAUGUUAGUCAGACUAAGAUCCGUGUCAUCUCCACCGUUCUCUUCAUCCUGUUCGGAUGUCUGCUCUUCGUGGCGCUGCCGGCGGCCAUCUUUAAACACAUUGAGGGCUGGAGCGCUCUGGAGUCCCUUUACUUUGUCGUUAUCACCUUGACAACCAUUGGUUUUGGGGACUUUGUCGCAGGUGGUUCAGAGAUUGAGUAUCUGGACUACUACAAGCCUGUGGUGUGGUUCUGGAUCCUGGUGGGGCUGGCGUACUUCGCUGCUGUUCUCAGCAUGAUAGGAGACUGGUUCAGAGUCAUCUCUAAGAAGACCAAAGAGGAGGUAGGGGAGAUCAGGGCUCACGCAGCAGAGUGGACGGCUAAUGUCUCGGCAGAGUUCAAGGAGACCAGACGUCGCCUCAGUGUCGAGGUCUACGACAAGUUCCAGCGGGCCGCAUCAAUCAAACGCAAACUGUCGACCGAUCUGGGCUUAAACUCCACCCCCGAGCUUACCCCACCCAAGAGGAUACUGCCCGUCAACUUCACAGAUGAACGGGAGAGGGAGCCGAUGUUCCCGUAUAUGACCAAAAAUGGAAGUAUUUUUCAGAAUGGACUAGGGGGAGAGCCUAGGAGAGGUGACGUGGCUAUUAUAGAGUACCUCAAGUAGAGGUCACAAACGUUCACCUCUGACCCCUGACCCAGCUUCAGCACAAGCCACACCCACCUGGUUACAACAAGAAAUGGCAGCCAUCUUUCAGCACAGGGUGUAUGACAUCAUUUAUCAACAGCUGCCCCGAUGACAGUCUAUAUGACUAUAUGACUAUGAUUAUGAAGCGGUUUGAUUAUUAACUACAACAGAAUCACAACAUGAAUUAGGAACAUAUCUUUAUGGAUCUGAAUGGAAGAGUUACAUUCGGGGAGUACAUUUAAGGUCAGGGCAAAUCUGAAUUGACAUCCUAAUCCUAGUGCACUACCUUUGGCCACAACCUCACUGGGUUCUGGUCAAAAGAAUAGGGUGUCAUUUCAGACAUAUGUAUCCUAUUUAUUACGUUGCCAAUGUAUGAGGAAUAUUAAUGAGGAUGUCUAUAUGCCUUUAGUCAGAGAAUGUGUGGGUGUGCAUAUGUGUGAAUGGGUUCUAUGGGGUUCUAAGAGUGAACCUUUCCCCUGACUGUUACUCAGAACCGGACCUCUUAGCUUUCUUUCUACUGAAGGAAUCACAGCAGUGUCUUAGUCUUUUUCUACCAACAGACUGUACAUGCAUGUGAAUUAACAGUGUUUUCUCUUUCUCUUUUAUCACUCUCUCUCUUGUCGUUUUAAACAGCGAGACAGUUUGUCAUUUAGAGUACGUGACUGUAGUCCUCUGGGCCGCUGGGAGUGUGGAGCAGCAAAUGGAGGCUCCACUAUGACUGUUUCAGGGCAGACAUUUUAAGGCCAGACACCACAGACUGAAAUGACAGUUUUGCAGCUACCUAUACAUUUUUAGAUUUGUUGGUAUUUUGGUCAAUUAAUAUUAGUAUUUUCAAAAAGUAAACAUACAAAUGUCAAAAUCUUUAUGAAAAUUGAUAUUUUCUUUAGUUUAUCAUACUACAGUCAAAAAUGUCAUGGAUUUUAACCACUUUAAAAUGGACAUACAUCCAUAAUUUCAAAGCUCACUACAUUGAAUUACACAUAAUUUAAAAGCCCAUUUCAUAAAGAAUGUAACAAACUUUACCAUAUGUAGUAACUUACUUUGAAGAGAUGGUGAUUGGGUCCUAAUAGGCGUUUUGCGUUUGGUAGUCUAAAUUCAGUGUAUUUAUCUUUAACGGCCACUUCCAGAAAGUCAGACUCUUUCCACACCCCAACUCGUUUUCCUCAUCUUCAGAAGCAUCUACGUUCACCAAAUUGUGUAUGGUUUAUCCAUGGACAUAUUCUCAGAUAUCUAUACAGGGGCCUAGGCAUGGGUGGGCCAGUGAGGGCACAUCCAAAUAUCUGCAGACCCACCCACCAACAAAUUUCUGUACAAUGUUACGUACUUUAGCAUUUUACACAUAGAAAGAUGUUAAAAAAAACGUAUUUAUCCACAAUCUGCUCAGAGUAAGUCUGUCCUGAAGUGGCUUAACAAAAUGAAACCAAAAUAUUUAGGCUGACUUAAUCCAGUGUCCCGAAAAAUGGAUUUGCGGCAUAGGAAAAUAUGUGCAUAUUUAAUGAUAUUGCCUCAUUUGCACAUUUUAGUAUUAUGUAUAAGAAAAGGUGCAAUACAAAAAAAGUGUUAUAGUUGACAUUGGUGCCAGUUUUUUGCGAUGUCAAAAUGGAGUCCUACUACAUAUGGGGGGUGGGGAGGACAUAUCGUCACAGAUGUUGAAUACAUUUCUUCUAAACUAUUUGGUCUUAAUUUAGAGUAGGCUGGUUUUAGGGUAACGGUUAGGGUAUGUGUGACGGGUUAGUUAGCCACAGAUUUAUGGCGCUAUACUUCUGUCCUCUCUAGGAUGGCCAGAUAGUGACAGCCAUGUAGAGAGGGUGAGGCUAACUGCAAUUGGCUGGCAGAAAUGUCUUCUUAGUCAGUGUCUCUGCUACCAGGGAAAACAGCCCUCGUCAUCUUGCUUUUAGUUCAACAUGUUUCCGAAAUCGACAGUUCUGAUCAACAUCAUGUUCCCAUAUUGAGAGCUAUGCCAAAUCCGAAGGAGAUGAGGGUGUGGCGGUUGACUAUCAGGCAGAUUUUGCCCAAUUAUUGGCAAAAGAGCUGAUCAGGUUGGUCAAAAGGCCAUAGGCAGAUUGGUUGGUUAAAAGACCAAUUACUGGAAAUAGAUCAGAAUUGCUAAAUCAGAUCUGUAAAUCGUGUUCUCCUUAAAGGAGAUGGAUGAAGUAGAUCCACAUGGCUUAUCAGUCUGUUCAAUUCUGAUGGAAAAGCAUCAGCUCUCAGCCACGACUGUCAGCAUAUCCAUUCAUGAUUUAUUUUUUAUCACAUGCAUAUCUAUUUUUCAUAGCAAUACGAUAUCUUAUCUUAUAGCAGCCCUUUCUAUGUUCAGUGUGACGUACAGUAUUUUUGACUGAAACCAUAGAGGGGUAUUUGAGGAGGAGGGGGUUGAGCCAGCUGAUGUACUCUAGAUACUGAGAGCUAGCCAUCGUGCAGUGACGUCAGCCGCCCUGAGAUCUAGUCAACUGUCCGCUUGUGCAUAUGGUUUGGAUGUGUUGUGAAUUUUCUGCACAUUGCAGACGGAUGCACAGGCCAAAUUACUUUGAAUGUUACUUGAAGUCUUACAAAAACAAUGAAUGCGCUGGUGAGACACAGCACUUUAACAGGCUAUAGAACCAUCAACACUCUGUAUUCUACACACGCACUCACACGGACGCACACUCACGCUCACUCACACGCACGCUCACACACCUGAGGGUUCUCUCUCACACCCCGUGUACACCUGCCAUUCAAAAUGCACUUUUAUUUAACUGCCUGUGUUUAAAGUUACAACAUUUAUUGUGUUCACGGCUAACUAUUUCACCACGAAAGGCUUUUGUAUCGUCGUAAUGCGGAGAUAAACUGCAACGCUUCUCUUUCUAGCGAUGUUACUGCACGUCUAGCACACAGUCCACAUGGCUGUGUUGUAUUCAUUAACACCAGUGUCAAACCAUGGCUAAAUUCCAUUAUCCACAUUAGCGUCCCACCUAGGCAAGCUCAAUACACUGCUUCAUUCUAAGUAUUAGGCUAGAUGCUAAAGUGAAUAUUGGAAUAGAGCCCAUAUGUGAAAUCCCUGACAUUUCAGGGUACUAUUAUUUCUGACUGACCAUCACUAGUAGGUGGAGAGACAUAGAGGAGUGGAUAGGAGGAUAGAGGACAGUAAAGUACUGUACUAACUUGGUCUAAAAAGCCUGUGGAGCAGCACCACACAACGUGUGUGUCAUUCAGGUCAUGGCGAUGUGUUACUUGAUUGUGUCCACAGCAGUGCCACAGUAGUGUCCUUGACUUUUCUCUGUCUGUGCUACUCUCAGAUCUGGGCCCAAUAUGCAUUUGUUUUGUUUCAAAUACUUCAGGUGCGCUUGAUUUAGCUUGACUAGCAUGCAGAGUUUGCACUUGGGACUAUACCAUUAGUUCCAUUGUGCUGGACAAGCUACAUCAAACACAGCUCAAGUAUUUGUAAUAUAUUAAAUGUGUGUAAAUGGCCCAGGUCUGGCUAUUAUUACAAUAUCUUUAGAUGUUGUCUAAUCACUGCAACGGGAGAGGCGAAGGUGGAGUCAUGCGUCCUCCGAAACAUGACCCGCCUAACAUCGCUCCUUAACACCCGCCAGCUUAACCCGGAAGCCAGCCGCACCAAUGUGUCGGAGGAAACACCGUUCAACUGGUGACCGGGUCAGCCUGCAGGCACCCGGCCCGCCAUAACGAGGCGCUAGAGCACGAUGAGCCAAGUAAAGCCACACCAGCCGAACCCUUCCAUAACCCGAUCAACGCUGGGCCAAUUGUGCACAGCCCGGAAUGAACACGGGUCUGUAGUGAUGCCUCUAGUACUGCGAUGCAGUGGCUUAGACCGCUGCGCAACUUGGGAUGCCCAGUAUCUUUAGCUUUGACUUUAAUAUGGGUUAUUGAUGACUGUUAGCAUGUUUGAUAUUUUUAGCUGUGCUAAAAAAAAAAACUGACUGUUAUUAAUUCCAUGCCUGGACUCUAUUCUGCAAAUACAACAUCAGAUAUGUUCAGGCUUUUAUGAUUGUUCAUCUUUUUGUUUUCUCUGUUUGUUUGGGACAUUUCUAUACUGGCUGUCUGCCAGAGAUAAAGUUAAUUCUGUAAAAUGUCUGUAGAACAAGUCUAUACACAAUCUAACUGGUUUGUUUUUAAAUAUAUAUAUCUAAUGACUUGAAAACAUACAGUAUUCUCAAUUAUUUUUCUGUUUACCGUCUUAUUCAAAAACACCCAUCUGCCUCAUGACUUAUUCUAUUGAUAUAACAUGUGGUGGUCCAACUGUACAGUGGUUGUGUUCAAUAGAAAACAUACAAACACAGAACUGAUGCUUCAUAUAGAUGAGUGUUUCAUGGUUGCUUCAGUAUCAUUUCACAACGAUAUUUGUAUGAAGCCUGCAGACUUCUCAUUUUCCUUACAGUAUCUACACAGAGAGUGUGUGAUAUGCACUCGACUUUAGACCAUUUUUGAGGAAUGAAAAGGGGUGACAGGGUUUUGUUUCGGGGUGAGCUAUCAAUUUAAUCCGAUGAUGAGAGAGUAGAGAGACACCCCAGACUCCGUCUCUGGUUGGAACAGACGGUCUGUCCUUGUUGACCAAUCAGAACAGACCAUUCGGAGCAUGAAAGUGAUGUUAUGUAAGCAGGACUGGGUGGCCAAAGUCAACAGACAGACAGACGGUAUGCAGACGCAUUUUACUGUCCCAGGCCUCAGAUACAGCAAUCCAUGGAUAUUAUUAAUCCACCGGCUACUACACACAGGCACGCACGGACGCACACACAGCACAAAGCAUAGAUAUGCACAGCAGUGUGCAAGCAUGGAGGAUGUUACCAUACCUAGCUAGCUCCCACAGUGGAUAACUGCAUAACGUACAAUCACUCAGCUGCUAAAUCUUUUUGCAGAAAAGUUAUGACCUAUACAUGUGACAGUAACUAAAUGGACUACUGUGGGACCUGUAGUCAUUAACCAACAACAGCAUCUGCAAUUACUAGAGAAUUAGCCUACUGUACUGUAGGCCUAACUCUUUACUCAGUAUACCAAAAUACAGUACGGUACUUUAUUCUGUGAGAUGGAAUACAGUACCAUUUGAAAUACAGCAGUUCUUUCCCUGCCCACAAAAUGUUUCCACAAUGCAGCAUAAAUUACAGUAUGUUGCAGUAAAACAUUUUACAGUAUUUUACUGUUGAUAAUACCCCAAAUUACUGUAUAAAUGACAGUUUUCCGUUACAGCCUAUCUCUUUACUCAACUACUGUAUUGUAGGCCUAACUCUUUAUUCAUCCUACUGUAUUGUAGGAAUAACUCUUUCCUAAACCUACUGUACUGUAGGCCUAACUCUUUACUUAGCUGACCCUGUAAGCUUAAACCAUGUACUACUGCCAUAUCCACAAUUUACAGUAGAACUGGGAGAAAUAUUAUAAAUGCCAGAAUGUAUGGGGACAUCAGAGAAUUGAAGGUAGAUAGUGCUCUACGUUCUAACGUUCUCUGACUGGAGUUCCACUGUACAUGUACUUGCACAAUCCCUCAUGAUUAAACAACUGACAGAC